AUGAAUGGCAAUAGUGACUAUCGAAGAGCCUCUCACGAAACACCAACACGGCUCCAACAUCUACACAACCGCCAACAACACUAUCAUCCGAGAGAAAAACAACAACAAAGAGAAAGAGAAAGAGAAUGUGAAAAGUCAAAUGGCAUCUUUUCUCUUCUUUCCUAUCGUCCUGUUACCUCCGAUCGGCAUUCCACUAUAAAGAGAUUGGAUUCUCCCAGGGGAAAUGCCCUUCAACAUCUUGUGCUCUCUCCACUGCACACACCGCGAGAGGGAAUACCUCAACAAACAGUAAAACGAUCCCUUUUGGGAACUUCUUCUUCUUCUUACUCUUCUUUUUCCCAGCGCUUAUCGGAAUUAUCAUCACCUCUCUCUGUUCCUCCCACACUACAACGACAAUCCCAUAAAUCAACACAACAGCAGAAGUCUCUUAUUUCUUCACUUCCUCCUCAUACAACUACUCUCACAGUGAAUACCAAUGGCAAUAACAGGAAUUGUGUAGUACCCAUAUCCAAACAACAACCAUGUACAGUAUCUUUACUGUAUUCUUCUUACAUGGCAGCAGAUCUCAUGGACUGGAAAAUGAAAAGACGUCAUGAUGAUAUUGGCGCAAUGGUGGAAUUAUUAUCACUUCUAAUGGAUAGGGAAAAAGAAAAUCGUCUUUUUAUUUUACAAGAAGAAGCUGAAAGACGUAGAACUCUUCAAUUCAUUGAAAUGGAUGAGAGAGGAGCUGCAUCUUUUUACUCUAAUGCCCUUUCGGCAGCGUUAUCAAGUUUAUCCAUUUCUCUAGGCAGAAGAAGAAGAAGUACUGAUAUAAUGUACAUGCCCCAAAUGCAAAAUAAUUGUUUUGACUUAAAAUCACAUGCAACUGCAACAAGCAUAACUACAUCAUCAACAACCAAAAGAGACCCUUCUUGGCGAAAUGUUAAUAAGCGAAGGAAUAUAAUGGAUGAAUACGAUAGUGAUGAGUUCGUUAGAACAUCCUCUGUUUCUGCCGUUAUGAGCGAUGCGGAUCGAAAGUUAAUGUUAUCUGAUGAAGAACUGGCAUCUCGUGAACUUAUUACCAUUGUAGAAGAGGGCCGCCGUUCACUUCUCUUAAAUGACCCUAACGUCAAUGCAUGUAGUCUUAAUAGUGGCUCUCAUCUUAGUGGAAGAACAGACAGUGAUGAAAGGGAUGAUAAUAAUAAAAAUAAUAAUUCUGAUGAUUAUGAUAAUGAUGACGAUGAUGAUGGUGAUAUGGGAAAGUUUUUCAUUGGUACUUCACAACCUAAGUGGUUAAGUCAAGGAACAAAUAAUGCUCACGAUAAUUAUGAUUAUGAUGAUGAUGAAGAAGAGGAAGAAAUAGGACGGCGGCAAGACGAAACAGAAACAGAUGAACAGAGUGAAAGAAAAGAUAAUUGCUCUUCCCAGGGAUUUAUGGCUGAUCCUGAUGUAUACCAGCGGUAUUGGGAGGAUCGCUGGGUCUCUGGUACACCUGAGCAACCCGAGUAUACGGCCCCUACAGCUAUACCCCGAGAGGAAUUGCUGCAAUGGCGAGAUGCAUCCCGUGAGCAGGAACAACAAGAACAACUAAACCGACAGAGUUUGAUACUACGUGAUGAAUUCGAUAUGGAUAGUUUUCGACUUGCCGAAGAAGAACGCCUGAAAGCUUUACUAGAGGAUCUUCUUCUUGAGGAGCGCCGGUCGCGAGAGGCACUUUUAUUAUUGCAGGCGUCCGAUGCCUCGCGGCUGGCGGAGCAGAGUGCGGCCUUGUGGCACUCGCGGCGUGUGCAGGACGUCAUUGCGCGCUGGUCGGAUAAUGUUGUGCGGGAGGAGGAGGCGGCGCGUCGGCGUAUCUGCGGGGAUUUCGAAUAUCAACAAUCGGGAUUGGCGUCGGAGGUGCAGUCGCCGUUAACACCGCACCGAGUGCGAGUGGGAAGUGAGCGGCGGGAGCGCCAUGCGAUCUGCAGUGCCUUCUGCGAGGGAAUCUACGCUGCGAUGACGGCUGCGGUGGAGGCCGUGAUGGAGGAGGAGCGGGAGGAACGGCUGAGGCUGGAGCGGGCAGCACAGCCAAAGUAUACACAGAUACUGUGGGAGAUGGAGUUGAUGGGAGAGAGACAGGAAUUAUUACUGGAGGAGAUGAGUGCACGUAAGGCGGUGGAGUAUAAUGAAGUGGGACAGUGGAUGGAUUUGCGGGUCCUGCGGGAUCUACAGAGGAAUCAACUACUACACACACGUGAACAAUCAACAUCAUCUAAUGUUGGUGUUGGUGUUGGUGUUGGUGGAUCUGUAGAAAGAGUAAGAGAGAUGAAUGUACAGUCGCAUGAAAGUUCAUCUCACAGUGGUUUUGUCUUUGGUAGUGUCUCAUCCCAAUCAACUAUUUCAGGACAGAUUGAGUACGAAACAGACUCUACAUUCUCAUCUCCAUCCAUAGAGAUGGAGAAUGAUGACAUUGUGCCAUUCAAUAAAAGCCAUAACUGGCAAGGCACAACAUUAUCAUUAUCACCAUACUCACCAUAUACACCAAUGGUAACAGCAGCCAAGAGAGGACGAGGAGAGAAUGUGAUGGCAUCCAUAGAAAGAGAAGAACGUAAAGAACGUGAUGCCAUUUUCGCUACAUGGUUGAGAGGUUUUGAUAAUUUGAUGGAAUUAGAUGUGAUGGGCACCGAAGAGUUAAAACGUACAAUUUUUUUUUGUAAUGCAAUUACAAGGAGUAGGGUUCGCUCCAAUUAG